UUAAGGGUCCCAUUCAUCGGCGAAGGCAGGCGAGCGCGCGUGGUUUAAUGAGGCCCUACCAUCGCCCAGAUGACGAGAAGAGUCGGACGAGUGGUUCCGCUUAGAGCAUAGACGGUCAAUUAAAGCCUCGGUGCGCAAAUGGUCGGUGUGAAAAUCUUAACGCAGGAGCUUAUCACUUCAUAACACAGAGGAGAUUCCUAGUUUCUGUUUUUAUAAAAAUAUAUUCAGUGCUGUUUUCAUUCUCGUGGGUAGCAUCUACUACUGGUUCUAGGCGAGGAGGCCGAGCGUAGCAGACGUCACUACACACAACACAACCUCGUGAAAUCUAUCGAACAAAAGUUUUGACCAUCAUACUUCAAGUCGGCACUUGCUUAUGGAUGUGUAGGACCCCAGCGAUGACCAGCCGGUGACGUGUCUCUGUCCAUCCUCACCCCCACCGAGUCCCGCCCCGGCCCCACCACGGAGAACCCACACCACAUCCACUUUCAGGACACCCGCCACCGGAUAUUCCAGUUCUCCCCCAACGCGCAGAUGAUGGGCCCAGGCGGCCCCGGGGUGCCCAACGGCGCGGUCACCGUCAACCAGUCGGGGGUGCCCAAGUCGUGCGCCGGGUGCGGCGCCCGCAUCCAGGACCGGUUCCUGCUCCUGGCCAUGGAGCGGUACUGGCACACGGGCUGCCUCAAGUGCUCGUGCUGUCAGGCCCAGCUGGGAGAGAUAGGGACCUCCUGCUUCACCAAGGCCGGCAUGAUCUUGUGUAGGAACGACUACAUCAGGUUGUUCGGGUCUAGCGGCUCGUGUUCAGCGUGCUGUCAGCCCAUCCCAGCCAGCGAGCUCGUCAUGAGGGCACAAACCAACGUCUACCACCUUAAGUGCUUUACCUGUUGCACGUGCCACACGCCGCUCAACACGGGGGACAGGUACGGCAUCGUGCAGGGCAGUCUGGUGUGUGAGCAGGAUUUUCCUAAAGCCGUCAAAGGCAUGACCCCCCUCCCAAACAGGACGUCACAUAAGGUCUGCUGACUAGGCCCAGAAAAGAAGGAGAAGAAGACGAGGAAGAGGAAAACGAAAGAUAAGAACCCGGAUGGUGAGAUAUAAAUAGAACUGUACAUGACAUUCAUCGGGAUGUGGUGACAUCGGGAUGUUGUGACAUCGGGAUGUUGUGCACAUCUUUGAUCCACUUGACGGCUUUGGUUUGAAAGACAUUGAUGACUCAAGUUUUGUUAACAUUUGUUAACAUCGUACAGAUGAAACAGAUCACGUGACUGGCUCGUGUUAACAGUUGGAUGUGUGUUGACUUUUUUAAAGGAAUACAUAAUGUUAACAUUUGAUUGUGUAAGGAUCAUGAAACAUUGGUGUCAACAUUUGAUUGUGUUUUAUAGUUGGACCGCUGAGGACAAUCAAGCUGACUUAAUCUUUCUAAUGUCGUCAUCAUAGCCUACGUCACAAUAACCUUCGUCACAGUUUACGUCACAACAUGGGCCUAGUUAUAUGACGUCAUAUAUAAGGAAGAUCUCUCCGCCAGAUGACCUUUUGAUCGUUUGAUGACCUUUUGAUCGUUUGAUGACCUUUUGAUCGUUUGAUGACCUUGAUCUUCUUGUGACCUUCUCUUCGUGGUGUAUCACUUUCGUUAACAUUUCAAGAUGGCCGUGUUAACAUUUCAUGAUAGUUUUGUUAACAUUUCAUCGGCCUGGACCAUCAAAUUUUGUUCACAAAAAAUCUUUUGUCGUUUAGGCCAACACAAUAUGGCCAAUGGGCUUUAAAGAUGGCCAUCGCUUACUAAAAUGGCCAACAUGGGAGUCAGCUAAAUCAGAGAGUGGUCCACAGACAGUAGUAGGAAUCCACAUCCAAUACACUGGAAUUGACGGAUAAAAUAAUUGGCUAACAUUUUCUGCAAAGUUUGUUAACUUUUAAGUAUUCAUCUACAUUCGUCAUGUCAGUUAACUUAGGUUCGACGCUUGUUAACCUUACAGUUAACAUUUGUUCCGCUGUCGUUAACUUUAAACAUUUGUAUUGUGUGUACGUUCAACUUUUCACUGUACAUAAAAAUUUGGCCAACUAUUUGUUCAUGCAUAUUUUUCUGGCCGUCAAGUAUGUAACGUUUUCGCCAAUAUGUAUGUGACGUUUCUAUGUGCACAACUUCGUACUUGAUUUAAUCAUGUCGGCAUCGGAUGUGGCGUGCACGGCACUUUUCCGUUAGAAGGUACCAGUCAGCCAUUACAUCCCCAUCAUGUGACUGAUAUCGCUAAACUUAAUCUGACACCAUUAACGUUAAACUAACUAAAGCCGUAAUCCUAAUCCAACAAUACCAACACUUCAGUACAUAAUCCGAUAAUACUGAAUUGGCGACUGGUACCUUUAAACGGAAAAAUACCCUCGUCACAUUUGUAUAGCGUCAAAUGUAUUUGUAUAGUACUUAUGUAUCCACUAUUACAUAUGAUUAUACUUGUUAAAUCUUUGCUUACUUAUAGGGAGUACCCCCCCCCCCCCCCCACUUUAUCCACACACCCCAACCCUAUCCACCCUACCCUCUUUAAUCCAGUCUCACCAUGGUAGCGCCCCCUGCCGGUGCGACAGCGUGACUCACCCAACUCCCCCCUCCCCUCCCCGUCGUUGUGACGUCGUGUCGAGUACAGCCUCACUUUCCGCAAGUGGACUAAAGCACUCGCAGCGGCACAUGCAAUUAGAUCACUUUGGUUUUCCGCGCUCAUCUUGGGUAGUUUUCUUCAACUUCUGUACGCCGUAGCCAAUCAGAAGCGUCGACACAAACCUUCAAGCAAUCUCUUAGUGUGUCAUCCCUUCAAAUUGAAUGCCGAUAUUUAUAGAUUAUUUUUUCUUUUACAAUUUUUUUCCUAACAAUUACAUGACGUUAAUAAAGGACAAGUUGAUAAAGGAAAAUAAUUAAAAUAAAAUAAAAACCUCGGUAUUCAUUACUUUGAAUAAUUUAAACAAACCGAGCAAUGGGAGGCCACUGAUGCAUCAUUUAAAGGGAAGCAAUUAACUUUUUUUUUUUACCUGAUUGGAUGCACCUGUUUUUUUUUAUCAGCAGACUCACCUGACGGUAGGUAGGGUUGUGUAAAAAUGACGUUCUGUCUCUCUUUAGCUUGUGUCACAAGUUUACGAUUUGUUUCAAUGUCAUUCUAAUAAAAGAAAGAAGAAAAAAACUACAUG